AUGGCCACUUCGGCUGUCGAACUUGCCUCAAUUACCGUGCAAUGGAAAGCUGUCAAUGCAAUAUCAAAACAGCUAAAGAUUGAAAGCGUCGUCAACAGCUGGAACCUCUCCAUCAUUCCGGUUAACGACACUUUCUUCAUGCCCGUAGACAGAUUCAGAGAACCAGUAGACAUGCGUUUUCUCUUCACGAGGAAGCAAAUGACCGGAAAGGCCACCGGAUGUGACAUGCAGUCUUGGAGUGCGAACUUGGAGUACCGCAAGUCAACGGUACCCAUUGGUGGAUGGAUUCCAAUAAUGUAUGCACACUCGCAAUAUCACGUCGGUACUGGUCAUCAGUACCUGUUGAUUCAAGAUGCUGUAGAUGCCGCUAAACCAGACGCAACGAUUAUACUCCAUCCUGGAUCUUACAGUGGACGAGUCGUCGUCAGCAAGGCGGUGCGCAUUCAGUCUUCGGGUGAUGUCCAGUCGACAAUUGUGACCGGUUCGUGGGAAAUCAGAAAUGACGUUAUAGUAUCAGGAAUUACGUUUUUCAUUUCUCACCAUAUGUGUGCUCUGUAUGUCGACAGUGGUAGGACUACUGUAACAGACUGUACCAUCAUUGGACCGUAUCGUCGUGUAGGUCGGAGACAAAGCAUUGGAAUCAAAUUUGGUCAAACCGUGGAAAAGCCUUUCGUCUUCAACAACAAAUUUUCCUCUUGGCAUCGAGCGGUGGAGCUGCUUGGUGGAAGCUACGACGGAGCGAUUGUCGGUAAUGUGUUUGAGGAUAACGAGCGAGCGUUGGUUGUGGAGCAUGCGGCAAGAUUGACAGUUGAACGAAACACGUUUGUAGGGAACCACUACGGGUUUGAUCUUUCAGAGGAAGUUGGAUUUUCGUACAAUAUAACGAUUCGCAGAAACAAAUUCGAUAGAAACAGGAAGUCUCUUCGUCAUCUGGUGUGGAGUUGGAUAGGUACCGCGAUGCGGGAGAAAAUCGAUGCCAGACACAACUUCUGGGUCCAAGGAAGACCGACCACAGCUGCCUCCUACUGGGAAGAUGGUGACAUUUAUCCUGGUGUGAAGGGUCUUCGAGGGUUUCUAGUUGAUCCUGUGUUGGACGAGAUGGUAUCUGCUGUAGAUUUCCCACCAGUUGCUGCCCUCAGCACACGUGGAAGAUGUGAUGUCCGUUGGACUGGUAAACGGUGGUUUGUACAGCCUGACGCCUUGUCUUAUGCUGUUGCUAUUGCACCUCGACACUCUGUGAUUCAUGUUCAUCCAGGAAGCUACCAUGGCAGUAUAGUGAUCAACAAGAGUGUGACAGUGGCUGCUACCGGUCAAAUAUCUAAAACUGUUUUCCACGGUCAGUUUGUGAUCACGAGUGGUGUUCAGGUGAGGAUUGUAGGGCUAACUAUUCAAACAAAGAGAAACAAUGCUAUCACUCUGAAAGACCAGGGCAGUAUUCUCACUGUAGAGAACUGUGUAUUCCUCUAUGAUUCUGCAAAUUCAUACAAGCUGUCUCAGUCAGUGGCUUUGGAAGUCGAUUCAAGCGCAAAAAACAGCAUUCUGUUGCUCAGCAGUGUUCGAUUCACCGGUUGGACGUCAUCCGUCUAUGUAAACGGCGCUUUGUCAACCAUCUCCAUUCAUCACACAGACUUUUCAGACUGCAGCAAAGCUGUUGAGAUGGUAGAUCCCGCAACUGUCAAUUUUACGGACAACAGUUUGAUGAACUGUCGAGAAGGUAUCGUAGUUCUUGCACACAGUCCAACUCAGUCAAAGUUUCACCUAUCGCGAAACAAUUUCAUUGAAGUAGCGAGAACGGUGUCCAUACAAGGAAAGACACUGACGCACUUUUGGACGGCCGACAAAAACUUCUGGUUCCCGGCAGCAACGCUGGCCGUUUCUGUUUUGAUGGAUGAUAGAUCAAGUAAUGACAUAUUGUCACCAUUGUUGGAACGGCAGCUGAGACUGAACCAGUCUGCGACAAAGAAUGUAUUUGUUCCUCACACCUAUUCGCCAGUCCAUUCCGUCUUUGCCAUCAACGCGGGAUUUCAGUAUAUUCAAGAUGCAGUCCGAUUUGCUAACCCAUGGGACACGGUUGUAGUUCGGUCAGGUGUGUAUUCUAAUGCACAUGUUCACAUCACCAAGGCUUUGAAGAUGACCGGAGAGGGUUUGCCCGUUUUACUUGGCUCCAUCACAGUCUCUCAUAGUCACGUGAUUCUUGCUGGUUUGAAGGUCCAUUGUGUUUCAGACUGGCAACACAAUGCAAGUUGCAUCCAUGUUGAUAUGGGUGUCUCACACGUUACCUUUAUUGACUUGCACCUUAAUGGAUCGACCAAUCAAAACGUCACAGGAAUACGUGAUGGUGGCCAAGGUUCAGUUCGCUUUGGCCUAUUCUCCAGUGUCUUCGUACAGUUUCAAACUGCAGUUUAUCUUCCACGGUUCACGGAAAAUGUCAUAAUCGAAGGCAAUCAGUUUGUGUCCUGCGACAGAGCUGUUGUAGUGCAUAGCAAUAGCAGUGCACGAAUACAAGGAAAUGAGUUUCAAAGUGGAUGUAAGGUGGUAAUCAAGAGUGCUAAAUAUACGUCGAAGUCCCGUGUAGUUGUAGGUCACAACAACUUUGGUGUGGGUAGUUUGAUAGUGUACGAAGGCACUGCGGGCAAAACUGGCGUCCACAAAAAUUACUGGGCCGAGUACUCAUCUCUGACUAACUUGAUUUCCGUGCGACCACUGCAGUUGCCUCAACCAGCCGAUCUAGCAACUUUCAGACUCCAAGCUGCUGCUUGUUUCAAAUACGAGGGAAUUCAGAUCUUCAACGUUGCUCAUGACGCCCCGACUCUUCCGAAAAACUCUUUAUGGCCGGACCGUCUCGUUGUUGCUGCUGGAGCGUCUCUACGACUAGUAGCUGCUGUUGAAGUCAGAAAUCAGAUGUGUGCGUCGAACAUGGUGUGGUACGAGUGGAAACUAAACGAUAGCAUUAUCCAGGUUGGAAGAAGUCCAGUACUUCUUAUUCGCAAUGUGGCCACACAUCAGCAAGGACAGCUUUCCUACACUGCCUUGACUGACGGAGGUUCAGUGACGUCCCCACCGACCAUGAUCGUUGUGAGAUUCUGUAGGAGAGGAAGUCCCAGUUUAUCCCACUUACUGUACGACGUGAUGGUUGUUGAAGGUCGAGCUUUUUCGUUGAGGUGUCCGAUUUGUUUUGCCUCUGUAGUAGCGAAUCUGAACGUGACGUGGCAUAAAGACGAUUCGUCUCAACCCAGCUUCUCCGGCUUGGUAUGGAAGAUAACAACUGCAGUAAAGCAAAACGAAGGACGAUAUCAUUGCAAGGUUGUCUACUCAGGACAGACAAUAGUUUCGAAUGCUGCAAGAGUAACCGUGGAAGGAAAACCUCGGUUCAUCGGUCGGACUCGACUGAGGGCAGAAGAAAACAGUCCACCCGGAACGCCAGUUGGUGACGCAGUCUCUGCCGUUGACAGUGAUAUCGGACAAGUCUUGCGGUAUCAGAUCUCCGGAGGUUCGGGAAAGCUCCAUUUUGCAAUCGAUCAGAAAUCAGGUCAAGUUUUCGUAGCAUCCUGGAAUUUGGACCGUGAAACUACCGACUUGUAUGAUCUGAUAAUCACUGCUACUGACGACAGCAUCUUCAACCACAGUACCGCAGUCAAUGUGUCGAUAGAAAUCACGGAUACAAUCGAUUCGCCUCCUCGAUUUGCGGAAGACUUUGCUGUUCGGCGCAUUUUUGAAGAUGCCAAGAAAGGAACUCUUAUUUAUCGACCGACCGUAAUGGACGACGACAUGGAAGACUAUGCGCGGAUGGAACUUGUUGAUGGUGAUGACGACAAAAGUGUUUGCCGUAAGUUUAUUUGGGAUGCCGAAAGACAGGCUGUCGUGGUGUCUGGUUGUCCCUUCAACGUCAGCGAUCGGUCAGUGUAUGUGCUUACCCUCCAGGCAAUCGAUACCGCAAACUUGUCUGACUUUAUGGUAAUAAAUGUAAUAGUUGAAAGAUUCGAAAUUCUCUUCUCACCGCUCAACUAUACCAUCGAGUUGGAAGAGAACACAAUUCCAGUCGAGUACAUAUUGCAAGUUUUCGUCCUUCCCGAUGAAACGAUCAACUCCACUGCGCUUGAUUUUAGUCUCUCUGGACAGGGAUAUAAGCAUUUUCGAGUAGACAGCCAAGGAAAGAUUUUCGUUGUUCACCCGGUUGACUUUGAGCAGUCAAUGAAAUACAGCCUAUCUGUGUCAGCAUAUGAUGGUCGAAUGGUGUCGAGAAACCCCGCAGAAGUAGUUGUUCUCGUCAAGAAUGUCGAUGACAAUCCUCCCACGUUUCUCUGGACGUCUAGGAAUGUUACAGUACGAGAAAACGCUCCACCGACGAUGAUUUUGGAAAUACAGGCAUCAGAUCCGGACAGCAAUUCCAACACUUUGUCUUUCAGUUUGUUGGACGAGAGUCUUCCCUUCGCCUUGAAGAAGUCAGGUGCGCCAAACAGAGUCGUUUUGUACAACACACAGUCACUCGACGCAGAGAAGACCGACCUCCACCAUAUCAUUGUCACUGUUCACGAUCAAGCCAACAACUCAGCAGUCGAACAUGCUAAGAUCACCGUGUUUGUCGAGGAUGAGAAUGACGAAGUACCCGUAUUUCAGGUCGAGUUGUACGAAGCAGUGACGAUGGAAAACACCAAUGACGUAAUACUGACCGUGCUAGCAGUUGAUACAGACGUGUCGGAGAAUUUCAGUAAGCUCGUCUACCGCAUUAUUGUCAAAGAGAACGUACCUCUAAGCAUCGAUGCCAACUUUGGUUCGAUCACUUUUGAUUACCCACAUGAUUACGAAACUGACGAAAGAAAUUACAACUUUAAAGUGAUUGCAACCGAUCGUGGUGGUCGUGAAUCGGUUCCAGUUGAAGUACUUAUCACUGUAACAGACGUUAACGACAAUGCUCCUCGAUUUCAUGGUCAGCUAUUCCGGCAGGUUUAUGUUUUAGAAAACACGCUGCCCGAGAAGCAUCACCAAGAGACAGCCAACAUCCUUUUUCAGCUCAAAGCGUUUGACGAUGAUGAAGUGUCUCGUUCGCUGGACUACAUUGUUGAGGAUUAUUCUCAUCUGUUUGCUGUCGAUCAUAACGGCUAUCUCUGGUUGAAAAGGCCACUCGACUACGAAAAUCAGUCGAGCUUCAACGUGAGCGUGUCUGUGUCUGAUGGAGAACUGAUGGCAGUGGAUCCGGUGAUUGUUCACGUGCAAGUGGUCGAUGUAAAUGAAUAUUCACCCUUCUUUUCUAGACGUCACUUCUCCGCGUCCGUCAAGGAAAAUACAUUCCCCACAGGUCGCUGGCUCAACGUCUCUGCAGCAGAUGCCGACGGUGGACAAUUUGGUCAAGAAUUGGUUUAUGACAUAGAGACAGCGGAGCAUAAAGAGCUAUUUGUUAUCAACAGUAAAGGGGUCGUGAGUCUGACAAGACAGCUUGACUUCGAAAGCGAUUCACGUAACGUAUCCUUCAUAUUGACUGUGUCUGAUUCAGGGAACAGAUCAGACUCUGCAAUUGUCAAUAUAAUUGUCCUAGAUGAAAACGAAUUCUCACCCGUUUUCAACUCGAAAAGCUACCAUAUCUCACUUCCCGAGAAUCGUCCAGAAGCGGAUGUCCUACUAAAGGUUAAGGCCUACGACAGAGAUGGUGGUGAAGUAUUUGGUUCUGUGCUAUAUUAUCUAGAAAGAAAGGAAGUGCCGUUUACGCUUGAUCCUAAAACUGGGUACCUGUUUGCUUCAAGGAGUUUUGACUUUGAAGCAGAAACAACACUACACUAUAAUCUCGUUGUACGAGUCAGUGACGGAGGUGGGCGCUCAGACUACUGCACCGUUUCAGUUAGCGUAACGGAUGUGAACGAGUUCAACCCGUAUUUUGAGGACCACUUACUUACUCUGAAUCUUUCAGAGAAUGUAGCAGUGGGAAGUGUGCUCGUAUUAGUAUCGGCCAAUGACGAAGACGGCGGCAACGUGUACGGUACCAUCCGAAAUUAUACCGUCGUCUUUAACGCGCCAAUUUCCAGGGCACCGUUCAUUGUACACGCUGACGGGAAUCUGGUUCUAAAUCAAAAUUUGGAUUUCGAGAAUGGCGACCGUUUCUUUCGAGCAGAAGUAGUAGGGUACGAUGGCGGCGGCUUACCGACCUCUCAGUCACUACUGCUACAUGUCACUGUCCUCAACGUCAAUGACAACGCGCCUUACUUUAAAACGACAUUGUUCAACUUCACAGUUGUAGAGAAUAUGAUUCCGACCGAUCCAAUUGGUUUCCUUCAAGCAACUGAUCCAGACGGUAAUUUGAGCUUCUUAUCGUAUGUGGUACACGAAAGAGUAGAUAACAUGUCAUUGGACGUGAAUUCGAGUGGAGCUGUAACUCUAAUCAGUGCCCUUGACUACGAAUCGAGUAGUUCCGUGGUCUUCAACGUUACGGCAAAUGACGGAGUCUUUAAAUCCACUAAUCUGGCUAUGGUUGUGAUCCACGUCCUUCCGGUGAACGAUCGAGCACCUAAUUUCUUAGUGACACAUUACACAGAAAGCUUGCAAGAAAACGCUCCUCCGGGAAGUCUCAAUCUUUCCAUUCGUGCCGUCGAUUCGGAUCGACGGGGACACAAAAACGAAGGUGGAAUAAUCAAAGCGUACCGGAUAUUGGAGACUUCUUUACCAUUUCAAGUAACGACUCUCAACCAGAUAGGAUACAUCACCAAUACACACGUCUUUGACUACGAAGAAGACAAGCAUAGCUACUCGUUUACCGUUGCUGCCGUCGACGAGGGAGACUUAGUCUCUGCAGUACCUGCUCAGGUUGUCAUCACGAUUACUGACAAAAACGAUCACAGGCCCGUGUUUGCUCAAAAAGCUUAUCGUGUAGAAGUCGACGAGGGAGACACCUUUAGAAUCUCAGUCAAAGCUUACGACGCCGACAGAAGUCCUGACUACAGUCUGGUGGAGUAUGAGCUCGUCUCUCCGGAUCCACGAAUCAAAUUGUGGCGGAACGGAACGAUUGAUGGAGUUGGACCGUUUGACUACGAAACUCCACCUAAUAUCAUUUAUGCGUCUGUCGUCGCUAGAGACAUGGGUGGGCUGUCGGAUACCGUGACAGUAAAGGUAAUCGUUUCUGAUGUCAACGACCAUCCACCUGUGUUCAAUCAAAGCGUCUACAGGGUGUCGGUCCCCGAGUCGACGACGAUUCAUUCGGUUAUCUUGACCGUACACGCGAUCGAUCUCGACGCGAGUCCUCAGUUUGGUGGAGAAAUUAUGUACUACACAAAUGAGACCGAACAAUUGUUUCUUGUUAAUUGGCAUACAGGUGAUAUUUAUCUGGCAACAGAGCUGGACUACGAAAGCGGAGUGAUGGUGUAUCGAACAACACUCGUUGCACGUGACCAAGGCGGGUUGUCCGGUACGGCAGUGUUGGAAGUCGAAGUCGUCGGAGUCAACGACAAUCGUCCUGUAUUCAUCGAAAAUAUGAUUUCUAUUGAGGUGGUAGAAAGCAACAUGCAAACGCUCGACAAGGAACGUAAGCAGAUAGUGGCUCAGUUGACGGCUACUGACCUCGAUGGAGACGCGGUCUCGUUCGAACUCGCAGGCGAAGACAGCGUGCCGUUCUCUAUCGAAUCAAACGGAUCGGUUGUUCUUUAUGAUAAUAUCGAUUAUGAGACGCACGAUCACUAUCACCUCUUCGUAUAUGCCACCGACGGAGAGUUACGAUCGCAGCGUCCGGCAUUCCUCAACAUUAUAGUUAUCAAUGUGAAUGACAACAAGCCAAUAUUUCAAAAGUUGAGGUACGUUUCAAAAGUGUACGAGAACACAGAACAGGGCAAUCCCUUGUUCCAACUGAAAGUGUUUGAUCCCGACGGAAACCUGACCCGGAUUUCCUAUGUUGUCCGCGGUGGUACUAUAGGACCCGUGGAAAUUAAUGAAGAGGGAAGUGUGUACCUUAACGACGUUUUGGACUAUGAAAGUUUACCGGAGGCUGAGCUCAUUGUGUUUGCAUACGAUGGAUUGUUCAUCUCCGAAGUGGGCGCACUCAUCAGAGUAGAGGUAGUGAACACUAACGACAACUGGCCCAUUUUCGAUCCCACUUUCUAUAACGUUACGAUUAAAGGAGAUCUUGCGGCACAGAGUAUUCGAGUGCUUCUAAAGGCAACAGACGAAGACAUGGACGAUAUUGAUUCAGUGCAAAGUGGAAGCGGGAGUGGGAGUGGGAAUGGGAGUGGAGGAAGCAACGGAGAUGAUCAAGAUCAAGAAACAUUUACAAACCUCAGCCAUGCUUAUGGCCAAAUUAUGCGAUUUGGUAUUUUGACAAACCCGUUUUACAUUCCCUAUAAUCAUCUAGAAAAUAUGCUACCUUUCACAUUGAAAGUUCACGCAUACGAUGGAGGAGGUUUGAGAUCUUCGGACCCCGCCAUAGUAAGAAUUCGCCGUCAUCAUAACCCCCAGAGCAAGACAGAUACCGAAUUCUCACCAGUAUUUGAAUUGGAGCAAUACUACAAGGAGAUACCAGAGAAUUCGACCGGCGUUGUGUUUACAAUAUACGCAGUGGACAGUCGCCACGGUCAACCAUUAGCCGAAGGACUCGUACGAUACUCUAUUUCUGAUUCACCAUUCGCGAUUGAUCUGUGGAAUGGAACAAUUAGUUUGAAAGAGAUGCAUUACCUCGACUACGAAGAAGGAAGGAACUUUUACAAUCUCACCGUUACCGUAUCGACCGCUUCGAACAUCAGAACAUCUGCCCAAGUCGUUAUCGUCGUGGUAGACCGAAACGACCAUUACCCUUUGUUUGGAAAUCUCAGCUACUCCAUUGCAGUUGCAGAGUCGUUACCGGUAGGCACGUCCAUCUUGAAGUUGACAGCAAAAGAUGACGACUUGAGCGAAGAGUUUUCCACCAUAGCUGAGUAUAGUAUUGUCAAUGCUUCUGUUGAAACACUGCCAUUUCGAAUAGACUCAAAGACUGGGUGGUUAGUUGUAAUCCAGCCUCUUGACUACGAACUAGGACGGCGCAAUUACAAUUUCACAGUAAAGGCAGUCGAUAUAGGAGGACUGUCGGGCUUAGCUGCUGUUCGAGUUGACGUUCUAGAUGUCAACGAUGCUCCACCUUGUCCCUCAGAACGUCUAUACCACGUCGUUAUCAAACCAAGCACUACCAGAAACGACGUGCUGAAUAGAAUCACCGUCGACGACAAAGACGGAUAUUCCGACGACAUGAAGCUGUACUUCUUUCCCGCCACUGAGCUUCUUGUCGUCAAUCCUAAGGGAGAAAUAUUUGUCAACAAACCACCCCACAUGUCUCUAAGUCUUCACGUUUUGGCUGUAGAUGGCAACUUGUCGUGUCCAUCGAUGUCUGACCUAGUCGUCACAGUGUUCAAGUAUGAUGUCAUCAUGCCCGUUUUCAAGUAUACUUUUUGGAAUGCGUCUGUAAAGGAAAACAGUAAAGCUGGUGAAUGGAUGGUUAUCCUUGAAACAACAGGCGACAGCCCUUCUCCAGAUUUAGGUUUCUACGUCGACGGUUGGACGGGUAAUAAAACGUUUAAAGUGGUAGCCACUGAAAUGCGUGUUUCUCUCACAAACAUCCGAUCUCUGGAUGCAGAGAGCGACCCAAUGUACUCGGAGUUGACGGUCACUAUGUUCAAUAAGUCUGAACCACUAGUCAACUCGUCAUGUGUCGUCACUUUGCAGUUGAUUGACGAGAACGAGUAUGACCCUGUUUUUAUCGCCGAUCGUUAUAACGUGACAGUCACUGAAAACUCGCUAAACACCAACAUUUUUCUGCUGGCUACGGACGCCGAUUACAGCGAAAAAUAUAGCAAGCUAACGUACAGCAUUGCGUCUAUGGACGAUGUCAAUCUUCCAUUUGCUGUGAACGCAGAAACAGGAGAAAUUCGGUGCACGCGACCGCUGGACUACGAAUCCGAUCGACAUUAUUUCAAUUUCUAUGGGAUAGCGGCUGAUCAUGGUGAUCGACAGUCGAGUGUGCUGGUAACUGCGUACUUGCACGAUGAAAAUGAGUUUACUCCAGCGUUCGAGAAAACUGUCUAUACGAUAACGGUUCCAGAGGACACUGCGGUUGGUUCGGAGCUGCUAACCGUCGCUGCACAGGACGAAGAUGGAAGCCGACACUUUGGUACGAUUCGCAGCUACGCAUUAGUGGAAAGCAUCGAGACUUCUGGUAUCUUUAGUUUUGCUUCGAGUAGUAGCACGAUCGUUCUAAAUUCACCGUUAAACUACGAGACACGACCAAUAGAGUAUCAACUGAUCGUCACGGCUACGGACGGCGGCAACCUCACAGGAUCGUGUACGGUGAGAAUUGUGAUAGAGGAUACUCCGUCGGCUCCGUGCCCAAUACGGAGAUUUCAACAAGCGAGUGUGCCCGAAAACUCCGGCGAAGGUUUGGUGUUAGCCGUUGUUGAAUUGGAUAGCUAUCCUAAUGAUAUUUGGAAUGUCGUGUUUACUCUUACGCAAGCAAACAAACACGUCGAACUAAGAAAAGGAGACCUCAUUCUCAAGAAUACGUUCGAUUUUGAAAAAGUUCAGAGAGUAAAUGUCUCGAUCCUUGUGAGAUACGGAAGACUCCUAUGUCCGUUUGUCUCUGUCGUCUCUAUUACUGUCUUAGAUGUCAACGAUAAUUCACCCUAUUUCUCUCAACCAGUAUACGAAAUUGAAAUAGAAGAAAACGUAGAAGGACGUAUACUAAGACUAUCAUCAUCUGACAUCGACAGUGGACUGUUUGGCGAGAUAGUGCGGUACGAGCUCACAUCGUCCGUCGAUUUCUUUAAUAUUUCUACCGACGGUGAUUUGAUUCUUACGAGACCGUUAGACUACGACGACGAAUCUGGCAGCAUAUUGUUCGCGAUCUUUGUCACAGCUAUCGAUGGAGGUGGCAUGGAGUCGCAAAUUGCCGCUGAAGUGUUGGUCUAUGUAAUCAAUGUCAACGAUAAUCCUCCUUAUCUGCCGUCUAGUUUCUUCAAUAUUUUGUUGUAUGAGAACAGGUCGUAUGAAAACCAGUCUGUUCUCUACAUAGCUGCUGAUGACGUUGACGGAGAUGACGUGUCUUUGGUAUUUUCGGUGUCAAACCCAUACUUUCAUCUGUCUCCAGACGGUCAUCUGUUUGUGAUCGAAGAGUUGGAUUACGAACGACAGGCAAAACAUGUUUUGACAGCGAUUGCAACAGACGGAAAGUACAACUCUACUGAAGAAGCCAAGAUCAUUGUAGAUGUUAAAAACGUCAACGACAAUCCACCCCGUUUCGAUCGGGAUAUAUAUAAAGGCGGCAUUGUCGAAAAUUCUCCGAAAGGAACAUUAGCUAUUCAACUUCGUGUGUUUGACGAUGACGUGAAGUGCGUGAAUGAGGAAGAAUGUAACUACAACGUAAGACUCUACCUGACCGAAACCGUGCCAUUUGACGUAUCUUUCAACGGUACAGUAGGAAUUAUAUUCACUACAAGAGAGUUGGAUUCCGAAACUGAUCCGUGUUCGUUCCGUUUUGCGGUCAAGGCUAGUGAUAGGGGAGGAUUGGUGUCUACCAAGCAAGCAAACGUCCAUGUCACUGUUCUAGACGAGAACGAAUACAGCCCGGAGUUCAAUGCCGACGUGUAUUUGCUCAAUGUUACAGAGAACAGCUUUCUUGAUCGACUUCAAGUGACGGCCCACGAUCGAGACGGUUGCGGUGUUUCGCAAGACAUCCAUUAUCACAUCGUACCUAAACAAUCAUUUCAAGUUUCACCCAGAGGUUUCGUAACCAACCGAAUUCCGUUUGACUUCGAGACUAUUUCUCGUGAUCUGAACGUGACCGUAGUUGCUACCGACAAUGGUGGAUUAACGGGAGAGACUCUAAUUCGUAUUCGAAUCACAGACGUCAAUGAGUACCCUCCUAUUUUCGACAAAAGCGUCUAUUAUUUCCACGUACCAGAAAAUCAAAGUAAUUUGGAAUUACCGAUUGGUCAAGUGAUUGCUACCGAUGCGGACGGAGGUGACGUCUUCGGAGCAGUUACUGGCUACACUAUGCUUAAUACGACACUCGUUCGGCCACCAUUCCAAAUUACUUCCGAUGGCUAUGUGUACUGUACAGAGAUUUUGGAUUAUGAAUCUCAGCAGUCUACGUACCAGUUUACCUUGGAAGCUUUCGAUGGGGGUGGACGCUAUUCGUCACCGACGGAGGUAGUAGUACGAGUACAUAAUAUUAACGACAUGGCGCCACAGUUUACGGAUCGACAUCAAACUGUGUACAUCGAAGAAAGUGCCGUCAUCAAUACAACAAUUGCUACGCUUACGGCAUUCGACGAAGACAGAAACACAACAGCGUUCACGUUCGUCAUAACCGACAAAGAACUCGCAGAGCGGUUCCUUGUUCGUCCCGAUGGAAACAUGGUCUUGUUGAAAAUGCUGGAUUACGAAGCCAAGCAAACGUAUCACGUAACCGUUCAGGUCAGUGACGGUCUAUUCUAUGCCAAAUUUCCCGCCAAAAUCGUCGUCGAGGUCGUCAAUGUCAACGAUCACUCUCCCGUUUUCCCGCCCUUUUACAAACGCCGAAUUCUGGAGAACACGCUGUCGGAACCAAACUGGCUGCAAGUAAAAGCAAAGGACGCAGAUGCUGGACAUUACGGAGAAAUCACCGCAUACAAAAUUCUCGAAACCGACGUUCCCUUCCGCUUGAACGGCAAAGGCAAAGUCGAAAACAUACGAUCCUUCGAUUACGAAAACGACCCUCGAACUUACGUGUUUACCAUCGUGGCAUUUGAUAGUUUGGGAUGGAACGGCUCCGUGCCGGUCAUCGUCCAGGUCGAGGACGCCAACGAUAACUAUCCGUCGUUUAACUCCACCGUCUAUAAAGCCAGCCUGCCCGAGAGUUCUCUGCCGGGAACGACGGUAACUCGCAUGACAGCCGUCGACGCAGACUCGGACGCAUUCGGACCGCUAACGUACACGUUUGUCGAAAACUCGACCGCUUUCGCAAUCGAUCCAUUAUCGGGAGUCGUAACAAGUCUGCAAACGUUCGACUACGAACGAGGCCAGCUCAUGUACUCACUAGCCGUAAUGGCCGUAGAUGGGGGCGGACGGUGGUCGACCGUUCUCUUAAUUGUAGAAAUUAUGAACAUGAACGACCAUGCUCCUGUGUUCAGACGAGAUGAGUAUAAGGUGUUGGUGCCCGAAACCACUUCUGUUGGUUCUGUUAUUCUGAGAGUAUUCGUGUUUGAUAGAGACGAAGAGGUUGGUAACCACAAAGUCACAUACGUCUUGUCCAGUCUGACCGCCUCUGGUGUCGCCGUAAAUCGAACGCUGAUUUCGAUCGACCACUGGGGACUGGUUGUGUUACAACAACAACUCGACUAUGAAACGAUGCCGACUACAUUCUACUAUUUCCUUACUGCCAUCGAUUUAGAGGGCUUUGCAUCAAAACCGGUCCCACUGACUAUUGUCAUAAUAAACGAAAAUGAUUCACCACCUGUUUUCACAAUCUUGAGCUACAGUAUAUCAUUGAACGAGAACCUAGACCCAGAUGCGGCUGGAACUAUAGUACAAGUCAAAGCCGAUGACUUAGAUCAAGAAAUAUCACAAGUAGAGUAUUUUAUAGCCGACAAUGAGUCCACCAUAUUCUCAGUCGAUCAAGAAGGAAAUGUGCUUCUACGGCGGCCACUGGAUUAUGAGCAAGAAGAUCGGUACGUCAUUACCGUGGCAGCAUACGAUGGUGAGCAUUGGUCACCAGAGAAUGCAACCGUUCACAUUCGAAUAACGGGAGAGAACGACAAUCGUCCGGAGUUCUCAAAAUCAGUGUACGAAGUGGACGUAUAUGAGGAUACACUUCCCGGACGUCUGAACGUUACAAUACUUGUAGUUGAUAAUGAUAGACACGAUCCGAGCCAGUCGUUUGAUCACGGCCGUGUGAGCAGUUUUGUCAUCCACCCGCCUGACUCUCCGUUUGAGGUCGUUCCGGGUACACGCUUCAGUCCACCCACGUUGGUACUAUUGCGAUCACUUGACUAUGAGUCUGGCGUUGAACGGUACAGUCUCGACGUCACAGCAUACGACGACGGUGGCUUAUCAUCUCUCAAUCACGCUAAAAUCUAUGUCGACGUGAUGGAUGUCAACGAAUUUCCACCUGAAUUUGAUGAGUACUCUUAUACCGCCGAACUGCGAGAGAACACGUUUCCACAACCCCAACAGGGAUAUCCGGUAGCCGCACUUCUUUAUAUUAAAGCUCAUGAUGGCGACCGUGGUAGUCAGAUCACUUACAAUUUAAGCGAUCACGUAGUUUCAAAGUUCGAGAUAGACUCAAAUGGAUAUUUGAUUGUCAAGUCGACAUUAGACUACGAGCACUCGGCCGUUGUAAACUUUAGCGUGACAGCUACAGAUGGAUUCUUCGUUUCAAGACCGGCUACGGUCGCUGUCAAUGUUGUGAACGUAAACGACGAACCUCCACAAUUCCUGGAAACGCUAUACAUCGCGUCGGUCAAAGAGAACACACUGCCUUUAGACCCUCUCGUAUUUUUUAAUGUAUCCGAUCCGGACGGGUACGAAAAACUCGAGUUUAACAUGGAAAGUCGCAGAUUACCGUUCAGAAUCAACGCAAGAGGAGAACUCUUUUUGACCCGACCAGUUGAUUUCGAGGCGAAUCAGCAGUUUGUGUUUACUGUGUCUGUGUCUGAUAUGAUUCAAAAGUCGUCACUUCCGGCUACCGUUGCGAUCGACGUUAUCGGUGUAAACGACAACUUCCCUGUCUUCAAACCGAUAAAAUACUUUGCUGAACUAUCGGAACUUGAUCCGUCAGGAACGAUGGUCGUCGAACUGACAGCGACUGAUGCAGAUCUCGACGACCGACAAGAAUCGGAGUUUAAUAGAAACGGCAAUCCCGGGGUUGUAUCUCAUUGUCGCUUCUCUGGCCAUAAUAGUACGAUGCCGUUUCUGCUGAACGAACCAUCAGAGAUGGGCACGAUUCGUGUCAUAACAUCACGCCCACUAGAUGCAGAGACUGAUCCCGAAGUAUUUGAGCUGCUCGUUGACGCUUUCGAUGGGAAGGGACUUCGUUCCAAAUUUCCCGCACAACUUCGCAUCAGGCUGUCGGAUUCUAACGACAACAGUCCACAUUUUGAACUACCGUACUAUUCGACUGCUGUACAGGAAAAUAGUCUUGACAUGAAUUUGACAGUGAAAGCUCACGAUCUAGACAAGAGCGAGAGAUGGAGUUCUGUUGUGUACAAGCUGGACAAACAAGACGGCUCUCUGUUUCAGAUCGACACAGUUUCAGGUGAGAUCACCCUAAAGCAGCCUCUUGACGCUGAGAUACACCCGUCGACGGUUCUGUUUACAGCCGUCGCAACGGAUAGUGGUAACCUGUCUUCAUCUGUUAACGUCAGUGUGUCGUUAAUUGACGUCAACGACGUUCGUCCUGUCUUUACCAGUUCAAGGUAUAUCGUAAGAGUAAAGGAGGAUGCUGGCAUGAACCAUACCAUCGCUCGCUUAUCUGCAUUCGAUGGCGACAAGAACGAGCAACAUUCCCAAGGUCUUACUUACCACAUACCAUUUCAGUCUUCCCAACAGUUUGUCAUCGACCCCCAGAACGGAGACCUCUUUCUGAGAGAGAAGUUGGACUACGAGGAAGGACCACGGGAAAUCACGCUGACCGUGGUAGCUCGUGAUGCGGGAAAUCUCACCGGUACUGCAGUUGCAUCAGUAAGAGUGAUGGACGUUAGAGACGUCCCUCCGUGCGCGUCCGAACGAACCGCGUCCGUUGCCGUCCGGGAAAACAGGCGGCCAGAAAGUCCUCUUACGCUUCAACCACACGUCACAUCGGAUGGCAACAAAUCGGUUUCGUUCGAGUUGUCGGAUUCCUAUAAUGACACUUUUUCGUUGGUAGAUGGGGCCUUGUUCCUGCUGUCUCCACUAGAUUUCGAGUUUCGCAGUCGAUACGUUUUGAAUGUGUUCAUCAGUGACGACGAAUUGGCGUGCCCCGAGCCUCUCGUCGUCACAGUUAACGUGCGCAACUUGAACGAACACCGUCCCAAGUUUUUAAACGAACGAAGAGAAUUCUCGGUGUUUGAGAACAGAGAGGCCAACACAACGAUCGGGUACGUUGUCGCAAGAGACUCGGACUACGGAGUAUUUGGAAACAUCGUCGACUAUUGGCUGGAUCCUGAUAAUGAUACAUUCGGUGUAUCGUCCGACGGUCGCCUAUAUUUGCUGCGGUUCCUUGACUUUGAGGUGGAUCCUAUAGAAUACGAGGUGGUCGUACGGGCUGUCGACGGUGGUGGUGAUCUGUCCGAGAACGUUUGUAAGGUCACAGUUGCUGUCUUGAACGAGAACGAUAAUCGACCAGAGUGGCCUAUGCCCUUUGUCAAUUUGACUCUCACUGAAGCACAAAAUAUUACGUCACCAGUCCUCCGUCUCGCUGCAAUCGAUCGAGACGGAAAUAGUCUCAAGUAUCGUUUGAAUAGAUCCGACCCGACAUUUUCUGUGUCCUCUACUGGCGACCUGUACGUGGUCGACGUCUUAGACUAUGAAGCAAAAUCUCAUUUCCAGCUGGUAGCGUUCGCUACAGACGACUUGUACGAGUCCCUUCCGUUGCAAGUGGAUGUCUUUGUGUUGAAUGUCAAUGAUAAUCAUCCCUACUUUCUUCAGUCAGUAAUCAACGCAACUGUAUUCGAGAAUAAAGCCGCAGGUACGUUACACCUGCAGUUUGCUGCCUGGGAUGACGACAUACAGACUAGCCAAGACCGUUCUGGAUACCAAGAGUCGCUCACAUUUUCGUUGAAACGACAGUCAGUCUCGAUGCCUUUUAAAAUCGUUCGUAACGGGUCGUUUUCCUACUUGACUAACAGUCGUGCUUUGGAUUACGAAACAGAUCGAUGUCGCUAUUUCAUAUUGGUAACAUGUACCGACGCUGGAGGCCUCUCAAGCAAAGAGCCUCUCACUGUGAUCAUCACAAUACAAGAUGAGAACGAGCAUCCUCCCGUUUUCGACCGAGAUGUGUUCAAUUUUACACUCAAAGAGCAUACUCUAUCUGCAUUUCGGCUGCUAGCUGUUGACGGCGAUCGCAACGAGUUCUGUGAGAGCAGUCCGGCGAGAUCCCCGCGUUACUACAUGUCUCACGUGACCAACACAACUCUAGUGACUUCAAAGGUUCCGUUCAGAGUCAGCACGAUCGGUUACCUCCUGACGACAACAUCAUUAGACUACGAGAAGAACGACACACAGUACAGUGUUGUCGUCGUGGCUGUAGAUUCGGGUGGCCUCGAUUCUCGUGCUCUACUUCGCAUCAGCGUCGAGGAUGUCAACGAAUUUGCGCCCCGUUUCCUAUACUCUAGCUACAACUUUACAAUAUACGAGAACGCGCUACCGCAAUCGGCGUCGGAUUGGUACGUCAAAGCUGUCGACGACGACGGUGGAUAUACGUAUGGUACCGUAACUACAUACACCGUCAUCACCAAAGACUCUGAUUCGGCUCCCUUCGCAGUCGAUGAGAGCGGGCGUGUGACUCCUAGAGAGCCACUGGAUUACGAGGCUAUCACUUACUUUCGCUUCGGACUUCAGGCAUUCGACGGCGGCGGUCUCGGAUCGAAAGAAGUCGCCGUCGUCAACGUCUUCGUGCUGAACGAGAACGACAACGCGCCCGUAUUUCUACGUUCAGACUAUUCGUUUGCGAUCGAGGAAGACGCUCGCCUCGAUACCACAAUAGGCACUCUCGACUGGAUCGACGCAGACGGUACGGAACAAGACAUGGUGUUUACUGUUGUAGACGACGAUUCGUCCGGACAGUUUUGGGUAGAUCUCAAUGGCUCCAUCGUGGUCGGACAAGAAUUGGACUACGAGACAAAAACAAACUACACGAUAUAUGUUCGUAUAUUCGACGGAGUCUUUAAUUCGUCUGACGUGGCACACGUGCGGAUUGCGAUAAUCAACGUGAACGAACACGCUCCCGCCUUUUCGCAUCACUACGUCCGAGCACUCGACGAGAACACCGUCGCUAACCACAGCUGGUUUGUUGUUACCGCAACAGAUGCCGACUCCGGACUGAUGGGUGACGUCGUCGAGUAUAGAAUCGUCCAAGAUGUUCCGUUUGUUAUCAAUAAUCUGGGAGUGGUAACAAACUCUCGAAUGUUCGACUACGAAGCUGACCAACAGCAUUUCGAUUUUGCGAUCACCGCUAUUGAUUACGGUGGGAAAAAUGCAUCAGUUUCGGCUACAGUGACAUUAAAUGAUUUGAACGAGUUUCCACCUCGAUUUGAACCGGAUCGCUACUUAGCGAGUAUAAUGGAAAACACUCAACCGGAGAGCGUUUCUCUUACUGUCCUGCGAAUAAUUGACAACGACGGAAGCGACCGUUUUGGCGUCCGCUCUGUAGCUUUCUCUUUGUCAGACCCACUUGGUGCCUUUCACGUCGGUGCCAGGAGUGGGAGGAUCGUGCACACGCGAAGGCUCGAUUACGAAGCCGAUCCGUCGUCUGUCUCAUUGGUGGUGACGGCGCUCGACGGCGGAGGCUUGUCAUCGACGGCGACCGUUACGGUUCAUUUAAUAGACGAGAACGACCACGCGCCGUACUUCCCCGGACCUACCAACGUCACAGUGGGAUUUCCCGAGAACGAGACGAUGAAGGACACUUUGGUUACUCAGGUGUUGGCGAGGGAUGACGACGCUGGAGUGGCGUAUUCCAAAAUAACGGGAUACCGUAUAGAGUCUCUAGAUCCUAAACGCAAGCAAUUACCCUUUGUUGUCGAUGCCACAGGUUCAGUGCGCUUACGGCGCGCACUCGAUUAUGAAUCGGAUCCUAGUUCGUUCAAAUUCAUGAUAAUGGCGGUCGACGGAGGCGGUUUGUGGUCGCAACCCGUUCGAAUUGCGUUUAAUCUCUACAACGUGAACGACAACCCUCCCGCCUUCUUACAAACUCGUUAUGAAAUCGCGGUACCAGAAUCCACCAUCCCCGAUAACGUGAAUCCAUUACUACAUUUUGGUGUAUCAGACCGAGACGGCAUCGGACGGCUAGUGUUCACGUUAAGAACCGACGCGACUAAUCUUUUCUUUGUGACCAGUGCCGGAGACCUAAUGCUACAAGAGCCUCUCGACUAUGAAACUAAAAAAUUGUGGGAGAUAACCGUGAUGGUCUCGGAUGGCGAGUUGCAAGCAGAGAAGGAUGCUAUGGUUACAGUCAGAGUAAAAGCCGUCAACGAAUAUUCGCCAACGUUUGUUGAGAAUGACGUCGUUGUCGAGAUCGCUGAAAACGAACCUGCUGGCUCGACUAUCGCCAAGCUUACCGCGGGUGAUCGUGACGCGGACACGGACGAGCCCAUUCUUCCUUGGCACGGCACAAUUGUCGCUUUCUUUGUAGAGAACGCUGGCGUUCCCUUCCGAGUGGCGUCCAUCUUCUUCCGGGUGUCGGAAAGAAUCGCCGAGGCUGCCGUCAUAACUACUCGACCUCUGGAUUUCGAGACGGAUACGCGUACGUUUGAGUUCACGGUAACGGCGUGGGACGGAGGUGGUAGGAAAGCAUCCGUUCCCGCCAAGGUCACCGUCAGAGUAGUAGAUAUCAACGAGUACCGACCGGUAGUGUUUCCGGAUCGAUUUGUUGUAAACGUGAUGGAAAACUCGCUCUCACGAGGCGAAUUACUGCGAGUGAAUUCCUCGGAUCGAGAUAUUUUUCAGGUAUUGACAUUAUCCGUAUCUGGUUGCUCGAAUUCGUUUACAAUAAACAGUAUGGGUGUUCUAAUGCAACGGCUGCCUCUCGAUUUCGAAACGUCGCCUCGAUGUCUGUUACGUCUCGACGCAUCGGACGGACAAUGGAACGCGACACGCCCGGCAAUGGUCACCGUAAUCGUCGAGAACGAGAACGACAACGCGCCCGUAUUUCUACAAAAGACGUACAUGGUCAACGUACGCGAAAGUCAAUUGCCACCAUAUCCAAUCGUGCGGUUGUCAAUCCACGAUGCGGACGGUACCGACACUCACUUCAAUUUUUCUACAUCACCAGAUAUGUCGUCCAUCGUUGCCAUUAAUUCCACUGGCGACAUCUUUCUCUUGAAACCGCAAGACUACGAAGAGAAACAAUUUAUCGAGUUUGACGUCAGUAUGUCCGACGGUGUCACCUCCGCCGACGGCGUGGCUCGCGUCACAAUAAGCAUCGUCGGUCUCAACGAGUACCCGCCCGAAUUCGUUCUACUGUCUACGAAUGUUUCGAUCGACGAAGAUGUCGAUGGUGGAACAAUAGUCGCUCGAUUAAAUGCGACAGACAAUGAUCGAUGUCCGGUCUAUGAUAACAGCGGCAACUGCUCCAUUUCUAGAUGCGAAUUGGAAGACGACGACGUGCCGUUCUACGUCUCCAGUAGCCGCAGCGGUACGUGUCUUCUAAAGUCUUCAAAAUCGUUCGAUUACGAGAGCGGAAACCGCCGGUAUGACGUCGCAGUUUACGCUCUCGACGGACAAGGACUGCGAUCGACGGUUCCGUGUCGUGUCGCCGUCUCAAUCAGAGACGUCAACGAAUUCAGUCCGGAGUUCAGCCGCCAGUUGUUCACGAUCACGGUGCCGGAAGGCAAAGACUUCCAACUACGAGUUUCUGCCGAAGACAGAGACGGUGGCGAAUCAUGCGGGUCGGUGUCGUACCACCUUCCCGAAGAUGUCGGAAACUUUACUAUCGAUCGCAUCAGUGGCGUCAUAAGACCGACGUACUCGCUUGACUACGAGACCACACGAGAGUUUGUUUUCAAUGUCGUCGCUGCGGACAUGUGCGGCAGCAGCAGCGUCGCAAAAGCAUUCGUCUCGAUAACCGACGAAAACGAGUACAGCCCGGAGUUCGAUCGACGCGUCUACGUGAUCGAUAUUCGAGAAGACGAGCCUCUCGGCGCCAGCGUAUUCAAUUUCACGGCGUUCGAUCGCGACGGAAGCUCCGCUUACGGAGAAAUCGUCAAUUACCGACUAGUUCGAUCGGAUCGCUACUUGCCGUUUGCAAUGAGUGCGACGGGUAUGCUGUACGUGUCCGGUUCACUCGACAGAGAGACCGUUUCGGAAUACUCGAUGACGAUUGAAGCUGUCGACGGAGGAAACCUAACCGGCACGGCAAUAGUGAAAGCAGUAGUUAGUGACGUCAACGACAACCCUCCCAUGUUUGACAACAGGCAAUACUCGUUUAACGUGACCGAAAACUGUAAAGCUAAAAACGGUGAUCGGUGUCUAGUUGGCUGGACAGUAGCUGUCGACGAUGACUCUAAUUCUUCUCUAUCGUACUCAUUGCACGGAGACGCUUUCAUGUUCGUUAUUGAUGCGCACGGUCGUCUAUCUGUACACCACUCUCUCGACUUCGAGACUCAAUCCACGUAUGUAUUCAACGUGCGUGUGUCGGACGGCGCGUUUGAGGACUCCGUCACUGUGAGAGUGACCGUCAUCGACGUCAACGACAACCCUCCAUAUUUCGAUACAUGUUUGACUGGCUGUUGUGAGGAACCGCCGUCCAGUCGAUUUGUUGUGGUCCACGCGGAUGUUGUAGAGAACUCGGUGAAUCCACGUCCACUGCUAAGAUUUACGGCGUGCGAUCGUGACGGCGAUCAUCUAACCUACACUAUACAACUCGAGACUGGAAAUCUGUCUACUCUAUUACUAAACAUUGGAGACACCGGAGCUGAAAUGUAUCAGGUCGGUCCUGUCGACUAUGAAACAUAUCCACAAAUGGUGAUAUUAUUGACAGCGACAGAUGGGAGUUUCAAUUCGAGCAACGCUUUGCGCGUAAUCGUUUCCGUCGAGAAUGUCAACGAUUGCCGUCCGGUCUUGGAUGUGCCGUCCGGUGCAUUUUUGAACGAAAACGCGCCGCCUGACACGACCGUCGUCACCAUCAAAGCGACAGACUGCGAUACGGAGACCGGAGCGGUCGACAUCUUCUCUCACAUUGUGUCGAUCGCGGUAACGAACGCGGUACCGUUCCGAGUCGUCGUCAAUCGUACCGCGCAGUCCGUCGCAAUCGUCAACACAGAGAGUCUAGAUUUCGAGAAGGACACAUCACACUUCGUAGUUCGACUUCAAGCGACGGACGUCGGCGGCCUACUCUCCGACACCAAAACUGUAACCGUACACCUACGGGACGUCAACGAGCAUGCCCCUACGUUUACUGCCGAAUCAUAUAGAACGACAAUCAAAGAAAAUGUAAGAGGCCUCGUACUUUCGAUCGCAGCGCUGGACGCAGAUGGAAGCGACAAGUACGGAAGAGUCGGAUACCGUAUAGUAGACACUAAUUCACAUGUGGACGUUUUAUCCAACGGUAGUAUAGUUGUGAUUUCCUCUUUCGAUGCUGAGCAGGAUGAAAGCCCGUAUAUGCUUCAAGUGAUUGCAUUCGACGAAGGAGGUUUGUCUAGUACCGCCAACGUCACCAUUAAUGUAGAGGACGUAAAUGAUCAUGAACCCAAAUUUGGUAAGAGUAGCUACGACGUCGUGUACGGUGUGAAUUGCUCACAUCUGCUGACGGUCGAAGCUACAGACGGAGACAGAGAUGCUCCCUUCAAUUCUAUUGUCGAGUAUCGGAUUAUUGGCAAUGUUCCUUUUGCAGUCGACAAUAUGGGAAAUGUUUUCAUCGACGGCGCUGUUGUUGUCGACCCAGAAUUACAACGCAAUUUUUCGUUUCACGUGGUUGCAGUGGAUGGCGGAGGGUCGUCGAGCAAAGAAGUGAGCGUCCGAGUUAGGGUUCCGUCGGGUCGCCAGCACCUUGUGCCCUUGCUAAGUCAAGAGUCUGUAGCAGCGAGUAUUAGAGAAGACGCAGCCUUGGGUUCUACGUUUCUGUUUCUAACAACGACAAAUACGGAUAUCGACGUAGACGCCGUUACGUACCAACUCAUGGACAUG